AUGCUCCUCUUUCCUAUCCACAGGAUACUCAGCGCGAUCCUCCUCUUACUCGCACUCUGCUCUGCCGCCGAAGAUACCUCCAGCGAUGCAUCGAACUCAGCACUGUAUGACAUGGUCCCAGACUGUGCUAAGGACUGCGUUGAUAGCUUUAUCAAGUCCGAAUACACACCUAUGGAAUGCAAGUCGCCGUCCAAUAUCAAGUGCCUUUGCCGCACCACGACAACGAGUGGCUUGACAUUGGGGGAAGCGGCUUUGAGCUGCGUUCUGUCUUUAUGUUCGCAGACGGUCUCCGCAAAGUCAAAGGCUUAUCACAUAUGCGACUCGGUAUCUGAGGCUAUUCCGAAAACACACCAGACCAUUACCGCAACGAUCUUUUCUGAUACGAGUACAACGAUAACGAGUGAUGCAGAAACCACUAUAGAAACAACAUCAGCUGGCUCCACUUCAACAACUGAAUACACUUCUGAGGCCUCUGUGGCAACAUCUACAGCGACAUCGCCACCAGUACUGGCAUCGACGCCGACGCCGACGUCAACUACUUCUAGUCAAACAUCCGAGAUCACAUUCUAUGAUUCUUCUUCAUCUUCAGGGUCUCAAGUGGAACCAACAUCCUCUACUGGACAAAUUUCCAGUGACUCUUCUGAAGAUACGAAUAAGAAAGGUGACCAUGCUAUUACUCCAGCGGCAGUCAUUGGAAUGUCAGUAGCAUCAGGUGUGGCGGGAUCUUUUAUCAUCGUCGUUGCUGUGUUUUUCUGCUGCAAGAGAUGGCGACAAAAACACCGGGAACAGGCACCGCCACACAUUUUUGAGAUCGGAGGCGCCAUGUCUGAGCCUUCUGACUUUUCGAAACCGAUGCCACCACUCCCAACAAACGGUUUGGGUUUAAGGUCUUCAUACAGCCCAACGAGUGACCGUGAGACAAUGUUACAGCGACCGGGUACUUUCCAUUCAAUAGCCACCGCUCAACCACCAUCACGAUACACGCCUCAAUCCGCUACGGUAUAUCAUUCGGGUCAGAGCAAAGGACCUAGAGACCAAGAACGGAUAGGGUUUGCCUUUAGCUCCGACUCGGACUGGGAAACUUCGCCUCGGACACAAUCUUCACAGCACAGUGUAGCACGACUACUGCCAGACCCUGCAGCUGGACUAUUCCCAAAGCCGCUGAAGUGGAGUCAUCGGCCACCUAGUGGAGCUACUCUCUUUGAAGAAGACGAAAGUCAACAAGCGGCGGCAGGAAUGGUGCAAAAUAACUCCCCAAGGCUAGGGAUCCGGCCGAACCUCACAGGACUGCCAUCUAAUCCACGCGCAUUCAAAGAUGGAUUCCCAGCAGGGACAUUCAAACGAAGAUCCGGGGCCCCGAGUACCUUAGCACCCCCAUUCAAUCCCAACCCAGGCUUCAGAACCUCCUCAUCAGACAGCAGCGCUGCACCCAACCGAAUUUCCGAAACCUCACAAACCGCCUAUUCCUUCAACCCAAACACCCUUCUCGCCGCCCCUGUCAACACCACCCAGACCCAAACUCAGAACCGCAGCCUGUCACCAGGACGACAGGCGCCUCAACCCUACCCCGCCCCAUCAUCAACAACCCUCCCCCUAGGCUCGGAGAUAGUAUCCAGGCCACGGAUCGUACGGGGGAAUGACAUCAAACGUGUCCAGAUCCGCAACAGUCCACGACCGCCUAGCGAAGUCAUUGCACCAUACUGUCCAGAUGACUUGUGGCUGGAACGUGGACGCGCUCUCGCGCCGCCGAGAUCCCGAGAGCCGUCUGGGGAAUUGCCGUAUCCUUCAGAUAUGUAUCCCGGUGUUAUGCAUUAUCCUGAUAGUCCGAAGAAGAAAGUCGCUGCUGUGUCGAAUCGGAUUUCUCCUACUAGUCGGAAUUUGACGCCGUCAAGGAGGGGCGAUGAUUUGAUUCUUCGUGUUGAUUAA